AUAUAUAAAAUCCUUUUGACAUUCGACAGGACAAGUAUUCCAUGAAAAACAAUACAUUACAAUACUUAGCUCUCAACACAUUCCAAAAAAAUAUAAACAUUUGCGCCAAGAACAUUCAGUGGCAAUAGCAAACCAAUCGAUAUCCCACACAACCCUGAUAAUUGUGCAAAGAAAAGGCGAAAAAGAGAAAUUUAUAGAAAAAGUUCAAGUACUUUUCCAGUGAAUUGGUUUUAACGCAUACCCCUUAUAAACAAAGAGCUGCACAAUGACGUGGGAACCACAAGGAGACGGUCUGCAGCAGAUCAUUGCGAUCUUGAAAGAAUCUCAAUCCCCGGACACAGCGACCCAAAUGGCCGUACAAAUGAAACUGGAGGAAUUAAAUCGGUAUCCAGACUUCAACAAUUAUCUCAUCUACGUGCUGACAAAACUAAAAACAGAAGACGAGCCGACACGGUCGCUGAGCGGCCUAAUCCUAAAGAACAACAUCCGCAUUCAUGGCAGUACUCUGCAGCCGGAGAUCGUCGAGUAUAUCAAACACGAAUGCCUGCAGGCUGUGGGCGAUAUCUCGCCCCUGAUUCGGGCCACAGUUGGCAUACUGAUCACGACGAUUGCCAGCAAUGGAGGCUUGCACAACUGGCCCCAGCUGCUGCCGUCGCUCUGUGAGAUGCUCGAUAAUCCAGACUUCAAUGUGUGCGAGGGUGCAUUUAGUGCUCUGCAGAAGAUAUGCGAAGAUUCCGCCGAGAUCCUAGACUCGGCUGCCCUGAACAGACCCCUGAACGUGAUGAUUCCCAAGUUCUUGCAGUACUUCAAGCACACCAGCCCCAAGAUCCGUUCCCAUGCCAUCGCUUGCAUCAAUCAAUUCAUCAUUAAUCGCUCACAGGCGCUUAUGAUCAACAUCGACUCCUUCAUUGAGAAUCUGUUUCACUUGUCGUCCGAUGAAGAUCACGAGGUGCGCAAGAACGUUUGCCACGGACUCGUCAUGCUGCUCGAGGUACGCAUGGAUCGAUUGAUGCCGCACAUGUCGCAGAUAAUCGAGUACAUGCUGCUGCGCACCCAAGACUCCGAUGAAGGUGUGGCCCUGGAGGCAUCUGAGUUUUGGUUGUCGCUCGCCGAACAGAGUAUCUGCAAAGAUGUUUUGGCCCCCUAUUUGGCGCAGCUGGCGCCCAUACUGGUGCGCGGCAUGAGGUACUCGGAGAUUGAUAUUAUCCUGCUCAAGGGAAAUGUGGAGGAGGAUGAUAUGGUGCCGGAUCGCGAGGAGGAUAUACGCCCACGAUUCCACAAGUCCCGCACACACACAAUCAAGAGCGGCCAGGAGGCGGGCGGCGGCCAGGCCGGUGCCGCCGGCGAGGAUGACGACGAUGAUUACGAUGAUGGCCUGGACGAUGACAGCUCUCUAUCGGAGUGGAAUCUACGCAAGUGCAGUGCGGCCGCUCUGGACGUCCUGGCGAAUGUGUUCCGCGAGGAUUGUCUGCCCAUUGUGCUGCCCAUCCUGAAGGAGACGCUUUUCCACCAGGAGUGGGUGAUCAAGGAGAGUGGCGUCCUGGCCCUGGGCGCCAUUGCCGAGGGCUGCAUGCAGGGAAUGAUUCAACAUUUGCCGGAGCUGAUUCCGUACCUCAUCAGCUGUCUGUCCGACAAGAAGGCCCUGGUGCGCUCCAUCACCUGCUGGACGCUCUCGCGGUACGCCAAUUGGGUGGUCAACCAGCCGCACGAUCAAUACUUGAAGCCCCUGAUGGAGGAGCUGCUCAAGCGCAUCCUCGACUCGAACAAGCGCGUGCAGGAGGCCGCCUGUUCGGCCUUUGCUACCCUCGAGGAGGAGGCCUGCACGGAGCUGGUCCCCUAUCUGGAGUACAUCCUCAAGACGCUCGUCUUUGCCUUCUCCAAGUACCAGCACAAGAAUCUGCUGAUCCUGUACGAUGCCGUAGGCACCCUGGCCGACUCGGUGGGCCAUCAUCUCAAUAAGUCGCAGUACAUUGACAUUCUGAUGCCGCCUCUGAUCGACAAGUGGAAUCUGCUGAAGGACGAUGACAAGGACCUGUUCCCACUCCUAGAAUGCCUCUCGAGCAUUGCCACAGCCCUGCAAUCCGGCUUUCUGCCCUACUGCGAUCCAGUGUACAGACGCUGCAUAUCCCUGAUUGAGCAGACUAUUAACCAGGAAUUGCUGUGCAAACAGAACCAGACAACGGAUCAUCCGGACAAGGAGCGCAUGAUUGUGGCAUUGGAUCUGCUGUCGGGCCUCGCCGAAGGCCUGGAUCGUCACAUUGAGACACUGGUGGCAAACAGCAACAUCAUGCAUCUGCUCUAUCAGUGCAUGCAAGAUGUGCUCCCAGAGGUGCGCCAAUCGUCGUUUGCACUGCUGGGGGAUCUAACCAAGGCCUGUUUCCCCCACGUGCAUCCUUUUAUGGCCGAGUUCUUUCCCAUUUUGGGCCAAAAUCUGAAUCCCGACUUCAUUUCGGUGUGCAAUAAUGCCACUUGGGCCAUAGGAGAGAUAUGCAUGAAAUUGGGCGAGGAAACAAAGCAGUACAUACAUCUUGUACUCAGCGAUCUGUUCGUUAUAAUCAAUCGUCCGAAUACGCCCAAGACACUGCUGGAGAACACAGCAAUAACAAUCGGUCGUCUAGGUUAUGUGUGCCCGGUUGAAGUGGCUCCUUAUUUGCCCGAAUUUGUGCGACAGUGGUGCACAUCGUUGCGACACAUCCGGGACAAUGAUGAGAAGGACUCGGCCUUUCGUGGCAUGUGUAAUAUGAUCACGGUGAAUCCAGCUGGCGUGGUGCCCGACUUCAUAUUCUUCUGCGAUGCCAUUGCCUCGUGGGUGAAUCCACCACAAGAUCUGCAGCAGAUGAUCCAGAAGAUUCUCCAUGGCUUCAAGACACAGGUGGGUGAGGAAAAUUGGCGUAGAUUUGUGGAACAAUUCCCGCCAACACUGGCCGAGCGCCUGGUCACCAUGUACAACAUCUAAGCAGCCCACAUCAGCCAGCGGAAUGCAGAGCAGAGCAGAGCGGAGCAGACAGGAGACAGAGUUCUAAAACUAGACAAUUAUGUACAAGCAUGCGUCGUAGCAACGUUCGUAGCUUCGUCUUAAUCUUUAACACAGCCCUAAGUUAUCCGAUUCGAUGCUGUUCGAAUGUUACGUUAAUUAAUUGAAAUUGAAAACAGCAAAAGAAAAGAAAAAAACACACAUAAAACCACAUAACCAUAUGCAUAACCACAUAUACACUAUAUCGAUAUAUCUUAUAGAGAUUGAGCUAGAUAUCCAGCAUGCAUGCAUAUAUCCAAAAAAAAAAAAACAAAAAAGGAAAAAAAGAUUAGCAGAUCCUAGAUCUGGCCAAGAGCUUCUUUAGGCAGUCUGUCCUGUCCUGUCCUGUCCUGUCCGUCUGUUUAGAUCAAGUAUCAAUAGAAAACAACAAAAGUAUAUCCAUAGAUGACAUGAUGUGUUCCGGACGUACUUAACCGGAUCCAAGUGCUAUAGAACAUAUUCAACCCAACAACCCAACAGCCCAACAGCCCAACAAUACACUCAGAAUCAGCCCCAAGCGAAAUAGGGAAAUUAAUAAUGGGUAGACACACGGGUGUUUUCCCCAUUCGGUAAUUCAUGAAUAUAAUAAUAAUACAAACAAAAAUCAAAUCGAUCGUCGUAUCUCGUGUCGCGUUAAACUAUAAACGUUAACUGAAAGCGUUGGGCUAAUUGUGAAAUGAAAGUGAAUAGAAAUUGCAAAUGAAUAUACGUGGAAAAGAUUCAGCUAAACCAAAACUUUUACAAAUCAAAAUAAAGACUGAUGUUCAAACAAAACAAAAAAGAUUAAGAAAAACAAAUCCGUUCAAAGACAAACAGCAUUCAUCAACAAACGAUUUAUAUUUCACAAUUGAAACCCAACACUUUCAUGGAUAAUAAUGAUAAUAAAAACCAAAAAAUCGUCGCGUUUCGGGUUCUUCGCGUUCGCGUAUUCUCGUCGCUCUCGUCCGUUCGUAAAAUCGUAAUCGGUAAUCGGUCAAUCGUCAGUCGUCACGUGCGUGGUAUCUUAUCUCGUCGGGUAAACCAAAAAGGAAAAACAAAAAUCAAAUAAUACAAGGAUUACAAUAAUACAAUACAAAAUGCAACUGUUACAGAUACAAAAAUUUACUUAUACACUACACACACACACACAGACACACACACACACACACAUUACUACGGAUGAUAUUUAUUUACAAAAUUAUAGAUGUUUUUUUAUUUUAAAGAGAGAAAAAAUAGGAAGAAAAUUGAGAUUAGGAUUUCGUUGAGUAUAAUAAUUUGUUGUUUUUGUGCGAUCUGAAUAACUGAAUACAAAACAAUUGACUGAUCACUUUUUAAAGUAUUAUUAUAUAAUUUGUUUGCGUUGUAUAGGGACAAGUGUAAUUAAAAUUAUCAUUAUACGAGUACUACAUAUAAUUUUAAUCGAAAACUUUUGCUUUCAUUUUGUAUUGUAUAGGCUUUCGUCUUUUGCGUAAGAUCCUCUUUCCCAAAUAAUCAUUUAUAUUGUACAGAAAUUUGUAUUUUUUUUUUACAAUUAUUCGAUGAUUAGGGUGUAAAAACAAUGUACUACUAAAUGGAAACAAAAGUCUUUGAAAUUGUCGCGGAACAAAUGAAAAAAAAAAAAAACAAAAAAAGAGGAGAAUAGAGAAACUAAAACCAAAACUCAGUCAGAAUAAAACAAAAAGAUUAAGGAGAUAAAUGAUGAGUAAACCAAGUAAAUCUAAGUAAUAGUAUUAUGUAAUUAAAUGCAAACUUCGUUUAAGUUUGUGUUAAUUUUUUAUUUCG